AUGGCCUCGUCUGAUACAUGCGAUAUCCAAAUUGGUGUUAACGAAUCUCAACAAGAGACUACAAAUCAAAAUACCUUACCCAUCCAUGAUGAAGGAUUGCAAGAGGUUAAGAAAUUGGGUGAAGAUGAUAUCAUUAGUGAUACUAGUAUAGUUGGCUAUACUAUCCAUGAUAACGUAGAAAAUUCAUCUAAUUCUGUUCAAAAUACUUCAUUUACCCAUGAUGGAGGGUUUGAAAAGGUUGAAAAUUUGAAUGAUGUCUUCAUUGAAGUUAAUUUAAUUAACGAUAAUAUUCCUGAUAACACUUCUAAUUCUAUGAUAUCUUCUAAUAACGAUUCAUUAAUUCAUUAUGAUGUAUCUCAGGGUAACACUUUAACUGAUAAUGUUACUGAAAAUAUUCCAUCCUCGAUUGAAAUGACUUCGGAUGAAGAUAAACCAAUAAUUGCUGCUGAAUCUACAAAUGAUAGUUCUUCUUCAGUAAUCAUUUCUCGAACGGCUGGUACUGGAUCAAACCAUUCAACGAGUGCUAAUUCCCCAACAGUUCCUAGCAUGACUGUUUCAAGUGAAUCCAGUAAACAUAGUCGCCAUGGAAGUGAAACGCGUAAGAAAGGACCUCCCCCAAUUCCUCCCCCAAUUCCUCCCAAGCCUGUUAGGUUUAAAACAAUAAAAGGCCGUAAUGCGGGGAAUAAUUUACCAAUCCAAAAUUCAGAAGCACUCUUUAAAGAAGAUCCAAGCUCAAAUCAAUUGAAAAUAAACGAUCCGAACAAUACUAUACAAAACAAAGUACCGCCUGAUGCAUUGCAAGUAACGAAUACUUCAGAAAUUAAUUUAUCAAACCAAAAUCCAGAGGCACCUCUUAAGGAAAAUCCAAACCCAAAUAAAUUAGAAAGAAAAGAAUUACCAGAUCAAAGCAAUAAACAAGAAACGAAUAAUUCAGAGGUUGAGUUAUUAAGGCAGAAUACAGAGGCACCCCUUAAAGAAGAAUUACCAGAUCAAAGCAAUACUAUAUUAGAUACGAAUAAUUCAGAGGUUGAGUUAUUAAGGCAGAAUACAGAAGCACCCCUUAAAGAAGAAUUACCAGAUCAAAGCAAUACUAUAUUAGACGAAAGGCCACUUGAUGCAUCACAAGAGACGAAUAACUCUGAGAUUGAUUUAUCAAAUCAAAACCACCCUAAAGAAGUGAAAGAAGAGAUCGCGUCGUCUCAAGAUCCAAGCUAUACUAUAUCAGAAAUAAAUGAGGCGAAUAGUUUAGAGAUUGAUUUACCAAAACAAAAACAGGAAACUUUUGUGGAUUCUCAUCAAACUAAUCCUGUAGAGUGUUUGACCUUGGAACAAAUUCAGGAACAUUUAGCAAAGAAAGGCAUUAUCAAUGACAACAAUCCACAACCUAUCAACGUAUCUACAAGUAAUGAAAUUCAACACAUUAUCGAUAACAAUUCACGGCCUGUCAUUUCAACAAACGUAUCUACAAAUAAUGAAUAUCAACAAUCUGAACAGAUGACUCUUGAAGAAAUUAAUAAAGGUUUGAAACAUAUGGGUCUAGAUAAUAGUACGCCUAUGCCUAUCGUUUCACAGACAUCUUUCACGAAUUAUGAGAAAAUCCCAGAUAGAAUGGACAUACCUAUUCCCCAACAUAGCACUAGUGGGAACAAAGAUCGAUCUAUUACGACAAUCCCAGAUAGAAUGGACAUGCCUAGUCCCCAAUAUAGCACUAGUGGGAACAAAAAUAUUCCAUCUCUAUCUUUAACGAAUAAUGAGAUUAGUAGUUCCACAAUAAUGCCAGAUAGAAUGGACACACCUACUCCCCAAUCUAGCAUUAGUGAGAACAAAAGUAUCCCACCUCUAUCUUUAACGAAUGAUGAGAUUAGUAGUUCCACAAUAAUGCCAGAUAGAAUGGACACGCCUACUCCCCAAUAUAGCACUAGUGGGAACAAAAAUACUCCACCUCUAUCUUUAACGAAUAAUGAGAUUAGUAGUUCCACAAUAAUGCCAGAUAUAAUGGACACACCUACUCCUCAAUCUAGCACUAUUGUACAAGGUUCAAAUAAUAAUAUUCAACAGACAAGCUCACCUGGGUACGUAGAGGAUUACCACGUGCCAUCCUAUGAAAGGAUAGAUCCUAAAGAUUAUCGUACUGAUCCUAAUGAACAUUUUCAAACGAUGCCUGAUAGUUCUGCUGUUCCGAUCGUAUAUGAGCACCAAGAUACCAUUCAAACUGCACAAGCGCCCGAAAAUGAAAAUAUAUCUGCAAUUCCAAUCGAACAUACUAUUCCGAUACAUGUACACCAACAUGAUUCUACACCAGCCACUCAGAAUGAAGAUGAUGCUGCGGAACAAAGCACUUUAACUCCAGAAGUGAAUAGUCUUCUAAAUUUUAAAGAUAUACCAGAUGAUUCUAAAAGUGACGAUAACAACACAGACUAUAUUGACUAUAACUCUAAUUUAGAUAUUUCUACUAUUACACAAUAUGAUACUAGUCCUCUUCAUACCACUUCACUUUACCCAAAUAUAAUAACUGAUAACGAUAAAGUACCAAAAGGAAAUAAUAGUCCAGCCGUUUCAAAUGAAGAUACUACUUCAAUUUACCCAAAUAUAAUAACUGAUAACAAUAAAGUACCAAAAGGAAAUAAUAGUCCAGCCGUUUCAAAUGAAGAUAAUACUUCAUUUAGCUCCACGCAACUUACUUCUCAAUAUGAUAUUGAUGUUAAACAACUAGAAGAACAUCUCGAUUCAAAACAUUCACCUACAAAAACAAAAAAUGUUGUCAAAGAAGGAAAUAAUAGCCCUGUCAAUUCAGAUUCUGAAUAU